CAAAAAUUGCACCCUAUUUUAACAAUGUAAAUCUAGUAAUUCCUAUUGGUAACUAGAACAUAUUGAAAGCUGUCUUAUUCAAUGGAAUAGAAUGAAAGUUAGAGUACGCAGUUCAAAUCCACUGUGCUAGUAUGGAGCUACACAUUAGUAGGUUGUACUCUUAUCAUCAUGAAAACAAAACUGAAUUCUUCCAUUUCUAUUCUCCGACUAUUUGUCUAUUUAUUACCAGUCUCUGACGGUUGUUUGUAUCAACGCUAUGGGGAGGACUGUUCAAAAGUGUGUAACAGGUGUAUCGGGAAUUGUGAUAAAGUCAACGGAACUUGUAAGAAUUGUGUGGAAGGCUACACAGAUCCUAAAGCCGGAUGUAAUAAAGAUUGUCCAUUAGGUACGUUUGGUUUUCGGUGUAAAGGUGACUGUGCAUUGAAAUGUAAGGAAGAUUGUCUAGAACGUAUUUAUGGUACAUGUCCAGAGACGGCAUCAUCUUCUAGGUAUAUUGUCAUCAUUUUCACUAUACCUGUUUGUUGUGCUUUGUUUAUUCUGUUAGUAGCAAAAUUUGGUACCGUCCAAAGUGAUAUCAAGUCUACGCCCACGAGCACUGCCAAUGAUCCGAGUACAACAGACAUGACGUCACGUUAACAUUUGCAGUUGGGUCUUUCGUACUUCACUCUGAAUGAGCCCUUUUAUGCUUUUACUGUAAACUGUUUGCAACCUUUGAAUGAGAUUGAAAGUUUCUUGUAUGUGUUUCUAAGACUUGGUUAUGUGAGGCUUUCAAAUGAAAAUAAAACGAAUUGACUAUUGAAACGUGUA